AUGGGGAGAAAGGUGGGUGAAAGAAUAAAGGAAAGGGGCCCAGUUGGUUGCAAAACGAGGGGCACCCACGUCGGACUAAGGGUUGGAGGCAUAGAGAUGCCUCGAGAAUGUGGUCCUUUUGCUUUGGUGAUUGGGCACUUGAAACAGGAAAGUUCCUUGAUUUUGAAGCGAAAUAUUUGUCAACCCGGAAAGCAAAACUUUGCAAAAAGGAAGAAGGAAUAUAGAACUU